AUGGAUCAGCUUCGAAAAGAGGCCCGUCGCGUCCUCCAGCAAACUCCCUGGAAUCGCCCGACCACCUUGGAGUCCGCGUCCACCCGCUUGACUCUGGCACAAUUAUGGACGGACGUCUCAUCCCAUGAGAACUCCUCCCAUUUAGAUGCCUGCGAGAGUCUGUAUGCCGCGCUCAGCUUCCUUGAAACCGGCUAUGAUCCUCUGCUACCAGCGCAGGAUAAUGCAGCGGAAGCCACGGCAAUCAAUGCCCUAUGUCAAUGGGCAAGUCAACUGGCCCUGCCGUCAUCGGAAUUUGCAGUGAGCUUCGAUGAGAAUCCUGAAAUCACCGAAGAAGACAAAAACUCCCAAGAAGAAAGCCGCCUGAAAUCAGAACUGGCAGCACAGUUCAUUACCUUGAUGGGGGCAAAGGCUAUUUCCACUCUGGAAAACAACUCAGUCGCCAGUUCUCCGGAUGUCAUUGUCGCCAUGGCGAGCUUCACCUCCGAAAAGGAUCCCUGGACUACCAACGCCAGCAACAACUGUGCCGAAAUACAUCUCAACAUGGCAUGUCAGAAUGAUCUCUGGCCGAUCAUCGAAAGGGUUCUGAGAGAGAAAAUCAGACCACUCUUUACCAAGACGAAGAAUCCAGCGAUUACAAGCGAGGGCCGUAAAAACCUCCAUCCCGUGGCCCGAACUCGCUUCGAUGGGGGCGCUCUGGAUGACUCGACAAAACCGUGGAAAACCACGGAUGUUUACGCCCCAGCUGUACUCUCUUGGAUCAUAUGCCAGUAUAAGCCCGCCCACAAAGCCAGCCUCGAAGCACAUUUCCCGCUCCUAGUCCCAGCCAUUCUAGCUCUGAUAGAUGAUAAUAACAUCACCUACAAAACAAAGGGAUGCGAUCUUCUCAGCCAGCUCCUCAAUCCCAUCCAGGAAAGUGGUUCCGAUAUUCUCCUCCGAACCAACCUGGUUUCGGUCUUCCAAGAAGCCGUCACGGCCUGCCUCCUCUCACUACCAAGCAUCACACCAGAACCCAGUUCUCUAAAACUUCUAGGGGCAGCAUACCCUGCCCUCCUCGCUCUUUUAAAAGCCACUUACCAACUCACCUUGAAACAACCAAUCUCACAAACGGAAAAGAACACCUCAUCUACACCUGCAUCCACAAAUGCACCUACAUCCUUCCCUCACGCCCGUUUAUCAACUUUCCUUCUCGGCUGGAUAUCAACAUUCAUCUCUGAACUGGGAAUUCACUCAACAAAAUACCUCCAAGACAUCAUCCCUAUCCUGUACACCACUCUCUCAAAUCCAUUCGGAACAGCCCACCCACCACUCCUAUCCGCAGCAAUCGCAACCACUAAGACAACCAUCUUGGCCGCCCACCCCCGUAUAUGGAGAUGGCGCGGUGAAAUCUUGGGCGGUCUCGCAGCAUGCUGGUUACAUGUGGCUGAAGAACGGAAGGGGACUGGGGAAACGCCAACCCCAGUGCUCGACGCAUUAGCCCGUAGCCUGCAGAGCACGGCUUUUGCUUUAAAAUAUGCGCUGCAAAAUCCCGUGCCAAUUACGGGUGGGGCUUUGGAUCCGGAUCAGGUCGCUGUCAAGGAAGAAGUUCAGAGUGGGUUCCAGGCUCUGGUCGAUGCGGAUCCUGAGUUGGAGGGGCUUUUUGUUCCAGAUGUUGCCGAAUCAUAG